AUGGUGGGAUUCGACUCGUCCAGUGUCAAAAACUUCAAAGAUGAGCCUUGGGCGGAGUACGGACGCGGGUUUCGCCAUCUCGUGGUGGACAUCGAUGACGUCGACGAGACCAACUUGCUGAUCGAGCUGCCACGCGCGGUGAGCUUCAUCGACGAGGGACUCAACCGAUGCUGUCAGAAAGACCCAGGACGCCAACAGGGAGGUGGAGCCGUCUUCGUUCACUGCGUCGCCGGCAAGUCCCGUUCCGUAUCGGCGACGAUAGCCUACCUGCUCUGGAAAUGCCCCGACCGCUUCGAUCCCGCCGGGAAGCGGCCGCGCAGCGAAACGGGCAAGGAGGCGGUUGAUGCGGCCCUGCGUCUCAUCCGACGCACGCGGCCCAUGGCCGAGCCCAACGACGGCUUCAUGGAACAGCUCGCCCUCUGGUGGGCGAUGGGCUGCCCGGACGACGUCGAGUCGCAUCCCACGUACCAACGCUGGGUGUAUAGGCGGGAGGUGGAGGAGAGCGUCGCCGUCGGACAGGCCCCGAGCCGGUUGCGAUUCGCCGACGAGGAAAAGGGAAAUGGGAAGCAGGAGGGGCGCGACGACGACGUGGACGUAGCCGGCACCGCUGCCGCCAUCAACCUGCGCUGCAAGAAGUGCCGGCGGACGCUCGCUACGUCGCGGUACAUCCAGGCACACAACCCGGCACCACGACCGCAUUCACUGCCGCAGACAUCCUGUCCCCACCACUUCGUCGAACCUCUGAGCUGGAUGCGCGCCGAGCUCGAGAAGGGCCAGCUCAGUGGUCGGCUCUUGUGCCCCAAUGAGCGUUGCGGCGCCGGCGUGGGGCGGUACGACUGGAAAGGGAUCCGGUGCGCGUGCGGGGCCUGGGUGACACCAGCUCUGUCGCUGCAGAGGGCGCGGGUGGACGAGGAGGUGAAGAGGGCGCCGGCAGCGAUGAGGAACGCUGGCGAGACCGAGGCACAAGCGGAGGCGGCAAGGAGGCUUGCCAUGGGCAUUCGCAUGCCUCCUGGGACCGGGACCGGGGCUGGACCUGGACCUGGACCUGGACCCGGACCAGGGAGUGGGACACGAGGAGGGAAUCUCUAG